AUGGUGGUUUGCGUGGUGGUGGUGGCCAUGGCGGCCACCGGGGCUCGUGGGCAGGGAACCCGAGUAGGGUUCUACGGGCGUUCCUGCCCUCGAGCCGAAUCCAUCGUCCGAGCAACUGUGAGGACUCACUUCCGGUCGGACCCCUCAAUCGCUCCAGGAUUGCUUCGGAUGCACUUCCAUGACUGCUUUGUUCAGGGCUGCGAUGCCUCCAUUCUCAUUGACGGACCCUCCACAGAGAAAACAGCGCCACCCAACCUCAACUUGAGGGGUUACGAAGUCAUCAAUGACGCCAAAACCCAACUCGAAACAAUUUGUCCUGGCGUUGUCUCGUGUGCUGAUAUUGUAGCCCUUGCGGCACGCGACUCUGUAGUUCUGACUAAUGGACCAACUUGGGCAGUGCCAACUGGACGAAGGGAUGGUCGAGUUUCAUUGGCUUCUAACACUGCCAAUUUGCCAGGGUUUACUGAAUCUGUUGAUGUGCAAAAGCAGAAGUUUGCAGCAUUGGGCCUCAGUACUCAAGACCUUGUAACCCUUGUUGGAGGACAUACCAUUGGAACUUCAGCUUGCCAAUUCUUUAGGUAUAGGUUGUACAACUUCACCAACACAACUAGCAAUGGGGCUGAUCCUUCCAUCAAAUCAAAUUUCCUUCCUCAACUACGGGCCCUAUGUCCUGCAAACGGUGACGGGACAAGGCGUGUCGGACUCGACACCGGCAGCUCCGGUGUGUUCGACACAUCUUUCUUCUCAAACUUGAAGAAUGGUCGAGGAAUACUCGAAUCCGAUCAGAAGUUAUGGACUGAUAACUCCACCAAGCCUUUGGUCCAGCGAUUCCUAGGGGCAGGGGGCUUGCUUGGGUUAACCUUCAAUGUGGAGUUUGGAAGGUCCAUGGUGAAGAUGAGUAACAUUGGUGUGAAGACAGGAUCAAAUGGUGAAAUUCGCAAAGUGUGCUCAACAAUUAAUUAA